CAGCUCAACCCAACAAGCACCUUGGUAGCUGGGAUCAUCCUCAACAUAAAGGCGUCCACCAACAUCAGUACUGGUGCAGUCAUCGAGAGGACAAACCCUUCAUGCACACUGCACCUACUAUCAACAACAAGACCUCCCUACACGACUUCCAGCAACAACUACUUCACGACUCCCUGAGAAAUAGUUCUGCUGAUAUACCAGAUGAACAACAAGAGUUGACAUACAUGAUGGCAGCGUCUACAAAACAUCCAACAGACCAUGAGGAACUUAUAUUGCAAGGCCUCUUAGCUCAGUUUUCCAAUUUUAAUUAUGAUAAAGCAAAAGAGCAAGCCGAAAAGGAGCGUGAUCUAAGCCGGUGUAGCGGAUCAGCUGUGUGGCAGUCCCUGCUCACCUGUGUAGCUCAGCUGGCUGCUACAGAGAAGCUGUAUAUGAAUCUUUCAUUCCUCACUGCAAAAGGAUUUUUGAGGAAAGAGAGUUCUGUUCGUGCAAGUUAUGAGUUGCUCAACACAGAGUUGAAUGAAAUGGGCUUGGAAAAGAAAAAUAUUUUAAGUAACAAUGGUAAUACUUCUACCAGUGGGCUAACCUCCCCAGGAAGCUCAGGCUGUGAUGGAAUAUUACGACAUCUGUGUUCUCAUCUUGUCCUUUUUAUCAAAGCCCGGCUUCAAAUGAUAACAUUCUAUGAAAGGGUAAUUGAAAUGUCCAUUUGUCGUUUGAUGAAUUUUGAAGAGUUGCUUUCUCACAUAAUAGACAUCAGUUCCAGUAACAGCCGGAAUUUCCAUCAUCCGCUCUUGACUCCAAUAAAAACAAGCUUUACAUAUGAAUGCGACAUUCUGAUACAUUUAUUGAGAAGCCAGCUAGAGAUGCAGUUCUGGCGUUUCCUGCCAUCCCUACUUCAUCUUCACGAUGCUCAUUCAAAGCUAAAUAGUUGGCACACUGUUGUUCAGUCAAAGGAGACAAAGAAGUAUGGGUUUGGCUCCAGUUUCUUGAAGUCUUCUCCCCUUCCUUCCUUAUACCAGUGGCUCUGGCAAGCAAAAGCGGCAUUUGUUUCCAAGUUUUCUCUGUAUUUCCAUGAAACCCUGGCAGCACAAAGCUCACCGGCAGAUAUGAAGGCUCUUAUCUCCCGACAAGGGCAAGCAUGUGAUUAUGUUUCAAAGAUUCAAAGCUUUCAGAGGAGAAGUGAUGCAGUUAGUGUGUGUCUGGUCUUUGAAGCUGCUGGAGUCGAGGACUAUCAGGGUGCAGGCUAUCAUCAUCCAGAGGAAUCGGUGCCACCUCCUAAGGGCUUAGAUAGUUACCCUGCUAUCUUCACUUACCCUCCUACUAAACCUCUGGAGAGAUGGCCUAGCAUUGUUAUGCGAGUUUCAGACCGGAGCAAUGAACAUGCUUUGCUAGAUCAUGUUGUGCACUUCUUCGAUCAACAAGUUGGAUCAACAUACUUCUUAUGCAGAGUUGAGCCUAGAAUUACAUUUGUUGCCAUAUUUGAUACUAAAAAAUCUGAAAAAGACAGUUACAUCAGAGACUUCAUAUAUGACUUAGUAAUGCAAUUAAGAUGCAACAAAGUGUUUGCAAACCUGAAGCCCAAAUAAAAGUGAAAUUGCUUAGUUUUGUAUGUUAUGAAAUGAUUGACAAAAUCCAGUACAGAUGGACCUCCUUAGAGCAAAUUUCACUCUAGUGAACAUGUUCAUGUUGAGUUCAAAAUUUUCAGUGGAAUAAUUAUGUGUUUGUUUUGCGAGUCUUGUGGUGCACUACUUGCACCACUGUUUUCCUUAUUCUCAUA